AGGCCUUGCGGUGAGGAGGCAAGUUGGCAGGAACUGGGGUGCAUUGAGCCCCUUGGGGUGCUGGUCACCGCUUUACAGAGCACUGGUGCCUUGGGGAGCUCCCCCUUUCAACAGGUAGACGUCGGGAGCAGCCAGCCUUGCUCUGCUCAUCGGAAAGGACGUCGGUGACUGCAGCGGUGCUGUGAGGCCGGGGUUUGGGCAGAAGACCCCGGGGCAUCGCUUUGGGUGGUGUCUUCAGCCCGGGGCUGGGAGGACGACAGCGACCAGUCCCCGCCGCCCGUGCUGCGGGGAGGGCAGCUCUGCACAAAGCGGGUUUUGGAGGCUCACUUGCUGGUCGCUGCGUGCUGAGGCCAUGGCACUGAGGCUCCUGGGAACGGGGUCGCUCUCUCUUGUUAGCCUUGGGAUCCUAGUCCUGGUUUUGGCUCUCCCUGCUGAUGCUGGGCUUUCUCAGAAGCAUGUUUCGGAUGUCGUCGAUGACAGCAAAGAUAACAUCACCAUUUUCACCCGCAUCCUGGACAGGCUGUUGGAUGGGUAUGACAACCGCCUGAGACCUGGACUUGGAGACAGCGUAACUGAAGUCAAGACAGACAUAUACGUGACAAGUUUCGGCCCUGUCUCGGACACAGAUAUGGAAUACACUAUUGAUGUCUUUUUCCGGCAAUCCUGGAGAGAUGAAAGGCUGAAGUUUGAUGGUCCCAUGAAAAUACUUCCCCUCAACAACCUGCUGGCCAGUAAGAUCUGGACUCCUGAUACCUUCUUCCACAAUGGGAAGAAGUCUGUCGCCCAUAACAUGACAACACCCAACAAGCUGCUGCGUCUGGUGGACAAUGGCACCCUCCUGUACACCAUGAGGCUAACUAUUCAUGCAGAGUGCCCCAUGCACCUGGAGGACUUCCCAAUGGAUGUGCAUGCUUGCCCGCUCAAAUUUGGGAGCUAUGCCUACACAAAGACAGAGGUGAUCUACACCUGGACACUGGGGAAGGAUAAAUCAGUGGAAGUAGCAAAGGGUGGAUCUCGCCUGAACCAGUACGACCUGCUGGGCCAUGUUGUUGGUACAGAGAUGGUUCGAUCCAGCACAGGGGAGUAUGUCGUCAUGACCACACACUUCCAUCUCAAGAGGAAGAUCGGGUACUUUGUGAUCCAGACCUACCUACCUUGUAUUAUGACAGUCAUCCUGUCCCAGGUCUCCUUCUGGCUUAACAGAGAGUCUGUCCCUGCCCGAACGGUUUUUGGUGUCACCACCGUCCUUACCAUGACCACGCUAAGCAUCAGCGCAAGAAACUCCUUACCUAAAGUGGCGUACGCGACGGCCAUGGACUGGUUCAUAGCCGUCUGUUACGCCUUUGUGUUUUCUGCGCUGAUCGAAUUUGCCACCGUCAACUACUUCACCAAGCGCAGCUGGGCUUGGGAUGGCAAGAAGGUGCUGGAGGCUCAAGAGAUGAAGAAAAAAGAGCCAGUGGCACUAGCGAAGAAAACCAACAACACCUACAACAUUGUUGGCACCACAUAUGCCCUCAACAUUGCCAAGGACCCUGGCCUGCCCACCAUCUCCAAGAGCGCUGCUGCCACUGCUACUGCCACCAACGUACCCCCCAAGAUGCCCCGCAGAGAGGAGAAGCUGCCGGAGAGUAAGAAGACAUACAACAGCGUCAGCAAGGUAGACAAGAUGUCCCGCAUCGUCUUUCCAGUCCUCUUUGCCAUUUUCAACUUAGUCUACUGGGCCACAUAUGUAAACCGGGAGUCAGCUAUCAAGGGAAUGAUCCCCAAACAAUAAAACCGGUCACACAAACCUUCCAUCAGUGAGCACCAUCCAGGCAGGAAUUCUCCAGGGCUUUCUUAUUUCCUGUUUUGUUAAAUUAUUAUUGUUCGUUUGACAUUAUUAUUACUCUUUAAUCGUUUUUUUAUAAUGUAAACGAAACUGUGAUUUUAAUUUAAUCCCAUAUGCUUUGGUUUUAUUUUACUUUGUCUCUGAUGAUGAAAGGAAAAAAAAAAGAUCAGAACAA